GGCAGAGUGGUAGGUGGACGCGUGGGAUGCACAGCUGGAUCCGCCCAAGGUACCAAGUGAAGAGGUGGCGGCAGAAGCUCUCGCUAUAUGUACAUGUGGGGGCAUAAAUGGCUGGGAAUGGGUGGCCAAAGUGCCAAAAGUGCAGAAGCCCAGGCCCACCCAUGGCCAAUGCAGGCAUGCUGCACAAACGGGGCAUGCUACCUACGGAUGAUCACGAGUCGCCGCCGUAUUUCCCACAUGAACUGCAGCCUGCACGCCUCUGGGGACGUGCGUAUGAGACGUCAUCUCGCCGUCCCACUGCAUCCAUGCGCUGCGGCCCUGUCCUAAGCCGGAUGCAACCACCGCUGCCGCUGCUGCCGCCACGACGCCCACGGUUCCUGUUGGGCCCGUUGGACGACUGCUGCGCUUCGACGCUGGGCAGGCCCUUCCGGUUC